AUGGGUAGCCCCGCAGGGAGGCCGGGGCCCUGGUCCAACGCCAGCCUGUCCUCGGUGGGCCAGGAGGAGCCAGCUUUGCGCCUCUUCCCAGCAUCCGUCCUAACCGGGGUGACGGCUGCCUGCGUCCUGCUCUUCAUCACCGGCAUCUCAGGCAACCUGAUGACCGUGCUGGUGGUCAGCAGGUUCCGGGCCAUGCGGACCACCACCAACCUCUACCUGUCCAGUGUGGCCCUGUCGGACCUGCUGAUCUUCCUGUGCAUGCCCCUUGACCUCUUCCGGCUGUGGCAGCAGCGGCCCUGGCACCUGGGCUCGCCCCUCUGCAAACUCUUCCAGUUUGUCAGCGAGAGCUGCACCUACUCCACCGUCCUCAACAUCACCGCCCUGAGUAUUGAGCGGUACCUGGCCAUUUGCUUCCCGCUGCGGGCCAAGGCGGUCAUCACCAAGGGCCGGGCCAAGCUGGUCAUCUCGCUCAUCUGGGCCGUGUCCUUCUGCAGCGCCGGGCCCAUCUUCGUCCUGGUGGGCGUGGAGCAUGACAACGGCACUGACCCGCUGGCCACCAACGAGUGCCGGGCCACUGAGUUCGCCGUCAGGUCUGGCCUGCUCACCGUCAUGGUCUGGACGUCCAGCCUCUACUUCUUCCUGCCCGUCUUCUGCCUCACUGUCCUCUAUGGCCUCAUUGGCAGGAAACUCUGCAAGAGGAACAGAGACCAAGGGGGAGGCCUCGGGGCCUCCGUCCGGGAGCAGAAUCACAGGCAAACUGUUAAGAUGUUAGCUGUGGUCGUGUUUGCUUUCAUACUCUGUUGGCUGCCUUUUCACGUAGGACGAUAUUUGUUUUCCAAAUCCUUCGAGGCUGGGUCCAUGGAGAUCGUUGUGAUCAGCCAGUACUGCAACCUGGUCUCCUUUGUCCUCUUUUACUUUAGUGCUGCCAUCAAUCCUAUAUUGUACAACAUCAUGUCGAAGAAGUACCGAGUGGCAGCCUGCAGGUUGCUGGGACUCAGGCCUUUUGCGCGGAAGAAACUCUCUACUCUGAAAGAUGAAAAUUCUCGGGCUUGGACAGAAUCUACUCUUAAUACAUGAUGAGAAUCAGUUAAACCAAACGACCACACAGAAUUCUAUAGAGAAAGCCUUAACACAGCAGAACAUGGUGAACGCAAAUGUGUGUUUGGGUUUGGGUAAAGGGAGCCAACGGGUAAAACA